CUUGCUGCACCAAGACCUGCAGAAGCAGGGCGCGUGGUGGCGGAGAUGUAUCAUUCCAAGGAGGAGAGCAGAACGCACAGGGACGGAAAAGAUGAGUUGGUUGAAGAACUCAACGCACUGCUCUCCUUCGUCAAGAGCGGAUUCACAAGCUCGAAUCAGCAGGACUCUUCUCAGUUCCUUAAGAGCAAUGCGCCAGGCGCAGAGAUCCUCCGAGAGCUCUACCGUGAAGUCUCGGCGUUGAAGAGCAGGGAAGCUUCGAGUGAGAACGUGCUACGGGUUGCUAAGGAGACACUGGACGCACGCAAGAAGCAGAUCAGGACCUUGACGAUGACCAUCAAGAAAUUGCAAGGGAAAGGAUCUCUGGCCGGAAUGGGCCUCUCUGGAUCCAUGGACAGUGGCAACUUGCAGGCGUCUGAUACUCAGUUGGGGGACAGCAGCAUUCUAAGUGACCUGGGGGCAGACCUGGGGGAUGCGGAGACGAAGAGAGCAGAGCAGGCAGGCGGUGGAAUCAGGAUGGAGGAGGGCAGCUCUGAGAAGGAGGAGAUGAAAAAGGUCAUCGUCGAGCAGACUUCACAGAUCCGAGCGCUGGAGGAGAAGCUGCACUACUUGGAGGAAGAUCAUCGACAGAGGUCGGAGAGGAUCACCGAAGUGUCGGAGAGGCUGAUGCAGAAGAGGAAGGAGGAGAGGGAAAUGAUUGAGAGUCUGAAGCUCGAGCUCAACGAGAAGAACGAGAUCAUCCAGAAGCUGCAGGCCGGCGAAGUCGCCAGCUUCGCUGAGUACGACCAGCAGGGCUACUCGCAGUACCCCGAGACGAGGAUCUGA